GGCCAUCCCACUGAGCAUGGUUAAAGACGCUGUGGAUGACAUGUACUUCAGCUGCAAUGCUAAGAUGGAACAAACUGUUAAGGACCGAUACUUUAAAAAAGAGAACAGUUCCAACAGUAUAUUUGGAAAAGCCUGGAAAAAUGCAGAGAGUUGCACAAAGAACGCCCUAAAUAAAAAAGAAAAAAUAGAUCAGGCAUUAACUAAGGAUCACAUGAAAGCAAUCUGUGUCUAUACAGCUGGUAAUCCAAAGAUUUAUGACGUAUUCAAUGAAGCUGUCAGGACAAACAGAAAAGUCUAUGGCACCUCCUUUAAAUACCACUCCUUACAUUACUGGCUGACAUCUGCUGUACAGAUCCUUAAUACCAAUCAAGCAUGCCAUGAUACUUACCGUAGAACCAAAGCUGCGUUUACUGGCUCUGUCAACCAAAUAAUCCGCUUUGGUUCUUUUACCUCCAGCUCAUUAUUUGCAAACUUGACACAGUUUGGUGAUAAGACCUGCUUUAAAAUUAAGACCUGCUUAGGUGCCUACUUGAAAGACUAUUCAAAGCUCAGUCAUGAAAAAGAGGUGCUCAUCCCUCCCUAUGAGAUGUUCAAAAUAACUAAUAUAAUAAAGAAUAAAAAAAACGAUCUAGAGUGUGACAUGGUCUACUUCCUGGAGAGUGCAGGACUACAGAGCAAUCUAAACUGCAAAACUGCAAAAAAUAAAAUUAAAAUGCAUGUAAAAAAAAUAAACAAAACAGAAAACACAAUGAAGGAACGUUAGAAUUAAACUACGCUCAGUAAACUAUGUGUGCAUAAAGCAGCUCUUUACAUCAUUUACAUUAAUUCUACUCAAGCUCAAAAUUUUCACUUGGGUGUUGUUUGAUUAUUGCAGACUUCAGUUUCUCUCUUUCCUAAACAUUUCAUGUAACAAAUUGU